CGGGGCCGCGCCGGGGCGCGUUUCCGGGUGUCCCCGGCAGAGGGCGCCGGCCGCCGCGCCGCCCGCGGAGUCCCCGAGGCCGGAAGCCGCCCGGCGCCGCCCCGCUCGCCGCAGCCGCCGCCAUGAAGGCCGUGGUGCAGCGCGUCACCCGGGCCAGCGUCACAGUUGGAGGAGAGCAGAUAAGCGCCAUUGGACGGGGCAUCUGCGUGUUGCUGGGUAUUUCCUUGGAAGAUACGCAGAAGGAACUGGAGCACAUGGUCCGGAAGAUCUUAAACCUGCGUGUGUUUGAGGAUGAAGGUGGGAAACACUGGUCGAAGAGCGUGAUGGACAAGCAGUACGAGGUGCUGUGCGUCAGCCAGUUCACCCUGCAGUGUGUCCUCAAGGGGAACAAGCCUGACUUCCACCUGGCCAUGCCUGCAGAGCAGGCUGAGUCCUUCUACCAGGGCUUCCUGGAGCAGCUGCGCAAGGCCUACCGGCCGGAGCUCAUCAAAGAUGGCAAGUUCGGUGCCUACAUGCAAGUUCACAUUCAGAACGACGGGCCUGUCACCAUAGAACUGGAGUCUCCAGCCCCUGGUGCUGCUGCCUCUGACCCGAAGCAGCUGUCAAAGCUUGAAAAGCAGCAGCAGAGGAAAGAAAAAACCAGAGCCAAAGGGCCUUCUGAGUCAAGCAAAGAGAGAAGCGCUCCCCGCAAGGAAGACCGCAGCGCCAGCAGUGGGGCCGAGGGGGACGUGUCCUCGGAGCGGGAGCCGUAGGUGGGCUGGACGCAGUGCAUUAUCAUUGGGCAGAACUGGAUCCUGAAAAAUUCAUGAAAGAUGCUAGGCACCUAUACUACUUUAAAGACUUGGACCUGAAUCCUGAAAAGGAAGAUGGAAAUAAGAAACUGGGAACCUACAAAAACACACACAAAAAACUCACCAAAGGAGCGUUACCAUUUUUUGUUGCUGCUGUGGCUUAAUAGAGGAGAUGGGUGCUGCCAGGGUGGGGAAGAUGCCCCAUGCACAGGGCAGCAAGGAACACACCCAAGGGUCCCCUCAGGAAGGCCACGUUGGUUCCUCUGAUUCUCGGCUUGCUUUUGGAACAGGCUGGCCCAACAUCACUUGUCAUCGAGUCCUCCUUUCACCCUGUGGUGUAUUUCUGAGUGUCCAUGAUGGGUCCCAAAUGCGGUCACACUGUCCAUGUUUUUCCCAACACUGGCUAGGCCAGGGCUAAUGUUAGGAUGUAAAGAGAACAGUCGUCCAUGAUAAUACAUUAUGUGAGACCUUUGCAUCUUAUAAAUUUUCUCUUUUUUUCUAAAAAGAAAUAAACUCCAAAGCUCAACAAACCACUU